AUGGGAGGUUCCACCAUGCUAGGCGGUUGCGCCAUGAAGGUGGCUAGAUCCGGCCACGGGGCCUUGAGAUGGUCCGACGACAGCGGAGACCGGUGCUGUGGUCCCAAUUACAGGUCUGGCAAGUGGCACGGUGGUUCCAAACACAUAAGGUGGCUGCUGUGGUGCGGUAGCAAGGGUUUGCUACAGGUUCAUGGAGACGAGAGGUGGUGGUGCCACCAUGUCGACUGUGGGAUCGUGGUAGGAAUGGCUUUGGGCCGUCGCGAAUUGAGCAUUGCGGCGGUCUUGCUCCUAGUGCACUUCCUUCCAACCAUGGUUGUUUGGAAAGCUUCGAUGGAUUGGAAAAUAGGAGGAACGGAUUCCUUGAGCACGUGUUGA